AGCUCGGCUGGCUAUCACGAGCCACAGCAGGCUACUUGUGCUUGUUGUUGAAUGGUGGUCAAGAAGGAGAAAGCUGAACGCUGAAUAACGCUGAAAGAAAAGAUGCCGUCUGCUGCUGCCAAGCCCUCCAACGGUGCUGGUGUCGAGGUCCAGGAAGGAUUCCCUGCUCAAUGUCUAGCCGUAGCUGACAGGAAGGUGCGAAAUCUGGAGAAGCGACGUGGCAAAUUGUUGCAGCUUCAGGAUGACGAGAAAAAUGGAAAAGUUCUCAACGAGGAGCAACGAGGAGCUAUCUCCCAUUUGGAGGAAGUUGAGCAAAUGUUGGAAUUAUCCAGGGACGUUCAAAAGCAAUACAAGCAGCUUGCCGACCAGUACGAGAAGACGGCGCGUCGCUCCGUUCGCCUUGAAAAGGCAGCCAAACGAGAAGCAGACGUCUCCAUGCUCUGCAAGCUCGUUCGCCUGCUGUCCGUGCUGGAUGGUGUGAGUCCUGAAUCGCGCGACGACUUUAUCGAGGGAAAGAACGGUGCGUGCAAGCUUAGUGAGGAGGAACUGAACAGUUUGGACGCCUUUUACAACUUGUCCAAGCCCGCACGUGCAGGUGAAUGCGAGGAGACUUUCUCUACAGCUAUCUCAGGCAGUGGUGAACACCUGAUGUUGCUCCUGGAACGCAGUACUAAGGAAGUUGCUGGAACCACGUACGACAAGCUCUUUGCCAUUACGGAGCGCAUUGAGAAGAGUGACUACCUGUUUUCGAGCAAGGAUGAGUUGACAGGUGAGACCGAGGAGGCAGGUUCCGAUGAGGUGGAGUAUGCCGCCGCCGCCGAGGAACAGACCGACUCUGCACUUUGCGCACCAGCACCGGCUGAUGAGGUGGUGGCAGUGGUGGACGAGCCUGUAGCUGCUGCAGCAGCAGUUGCCUCUCCCGCUGUUGCUGUCAGCAAACCACCCACCAUUGACUUCUUACACGAGUCGACCGUAAAGCCACAAGGCGGCAGACGGGCUGCAAGCCCGUCUUCUCCUGCCGUCGCUGCUGCUGCUGACACCACAACCCGCACGUUCAGCAGUGACUCGACGUCAUCGGGAGAGGCUCAGCCAGCCGCCGCCACUGAGGCCGCAGCAGGCGGUGCAGCAGCUGCGUCGCCAAGCUCUUCUGGCGACGCUUGGUCGUCGACGGAUUCGUCACGCCAACAGCGCAAUCGCAACCGCAGCGGCAACCCUGAACAGCGCGGCGGCCGAGGCGGUCGCGGUGGACGUGGUGGUCGCGGCGGAUUUAACCGCGACGGCGGCAGCAACGAGGGAGGAUUCUACCGCGGCGGCAACAACGACCGUCGCGGCGGCGGCUACGGCGGUGGCUUCAACCAGCGCGGAGGACGCGGUGGUCGCGGCGGAAACCGUGGCGGCGGCGGCAGCGGUGGUCGCGGCGGCAACCGAGGUGGUGGCCGUGGUGGCGGCUCCAGCUCCAGUGGCAGUGAAUACCAGUCCGGCGGCUUCUAAGCUCUUUUCAGCAGCAAGGGCGGCAUAGGCAAUCUCCGUUUCGCCCGUAAAUGGUCUACAGUUGCAAUCAGUACCACGUGUUCGAGUGCCUAUGUCGAGUGUGGUAUUGUUGCUUUGGAGGGCAACGCAGCAGCAGCGGCAAAACUCCUUUCUAAGACAGCGUGACGACGUUCACUAAAAACAACAACAACAACACCACCAGCGACAACCAUCUCCAAAGUUAGCCAUCAUGCAACAUCUACAUCUCUUUUUUAUACUCUUUUUCGCCCGUUUCUGCUUGUAUCUCACUGUCACUACUACUCUCUAAUUCCCCCUACACCAGUGUAGAUAACCCGUCAAACCUCCCUGGUGCCUAUUGUAAGCGAAGAGUAGGAUCCAGGCCAGGGCGGCGCCUCUUUCUGCGCAUUGUCUCCACCGGCAAUCGUGUGAGGACAUUGCUUGAGGCCAGUCUUUUUUGAUUUUGUGUUUUAGCUGUGUUCUUCCUGUGCUUUUUUGUUUCUGUUUUUUUUUUGUUAACGGUGUUCUCCUUUCUUUUCUCAGGCCUAGCUGUGUGCAGCAGGUAAUUCGUCUUCCUUGGUUUUUGAGACCGUACAUAUGGUCCUAUCGCUUGUUUCCGGCAAUUACCCUGCAGCCUAUGGCUUGGCAUUGUUUUUGUACUGCCACAGACCUCGCCUUCGUUCCAUUUUUCUACCGGGCGCUGUCGGUUUUUUCCGGCGUGCGUGUGUGUGAGCGAGAGAGAAGACAGGAGCUUGUAUAAUAGUGGUGAUGCCGGCCAACCGCUAUUUUGAACUUGUUCUCCUUCCUGCCUUGCUGUGUGUGUGCUGUGCCCGGGCUUUUUCGUGUACACGUGGCUAUUUUCGUACUGUAUGUUUUGUCCUGUGUUUGUCCUGUGUUAACUCUGCCUACUGAAAACUGCGUGCAGGUUAUUUCUUUUGCCUCUGCUUUUCUGAUAACUUUUGUCACUUGUUUGUUUUUGUCUGUUGUUUCGUGCUGUUGCAUUUAACUCUUGUUUGAAGCUGGCUUUACAGCUAAUAACCGUG